UCUGCCAUGGCUGAUUUAGUAUCUGGUGACGCAGAAGGGCAAGCCUCUGGCGAUCAAGGCAGCAAGCGCGGUGGCUGGAUCACUCUUCCAUUCAUGAUCGGUACAAUAUUAGGACUGUCCAUAGCUUUUUUUGGAUCGAUAUUGAACUUAAUUGUCUUCUUGAUUGAGGAAUUCAACAUCAAGAGCAUCGCUGCUGCUAUUUUCAAUGGAUGUCUUGCCAUGUUCCCUGUUAUUGCAGCCAUUCUAGCCGAUUCUUUCUUUGGAAACAUUCCCGUCAUCUCGGCUUCUGCUCUCAUUUCUCUACUCGGCAUCUUUCUUUUGACUAUUAUUGCAUCGUUGGACUACUUGAGACCUAGACCGUGUGAAACGGGCUCAGUCCUAUGCCAAUCACCGUCAAAAUUCCAGCUUGGGAUCCUGUAUGCAGCCUUAACUCUAGUGGCUACUGGAACAGCUGGAACGCGAACGACUUUGUUAUCCGUUGGCGCAAACCAAUAUGAGACACCUAAAGAUCAAGGAAGUUUUUUCAACUGGUACUUCCUCACGGCAAGUACAGGCACAAUUAUUAGCGCGACAGCAAUUAUAUAUACUCAGGAUAAUGCUGGCUGGAAGCUCGGGUUUGGUCUCUGCGCUGCUGCUAAUUUGAUCAGUUUCAUCAUUUUCAUCUCCGGGAAGUGGCUUUACAAGCAUGACAAACCAGCGGGAAGUCCCUUCACAAGUCUAAUCCGCGUUUUAGUCUCUGCUAUAGUGAAAAGAAAAGCUGUGAUCUCUUCCAAAGAAGAAGUCUAUUAUCACGGUGGGCUCGGAGAAAAGGACAAGAAUUCUGCUGUAAUGCCCUCUAAAAGCUUCGGGUUCUUGAACCGUGCAGCGUUGAAGACCGAAGGGGAGAGUGGUGACACAAUUAAUAAUAUGUGGAGACAAUUCUCUGUUCAGGAAGUAGAAGAUUUCAAAUCCGUUCUUCGAAUUCUUCCUUUGUGGUUAGCCAUUAUAUUAGUUAGUAUUCCCAGUGUGAUACAAACAAGCUUGAUGGUACUCCAAGCUCUAGUCACGGACCGUGCGCUCGGCCCUCACUUUAAAGUCCCAGCCGGGUCUGUCCAAGUCAUAGCAGUCAUCUCCUUAUGCAUCUUCAUCAUAAUUAACAACUGGUUUAUCUAUCCCAUGUACCAGCAGCUAACCAACAAGCCGCUUACACCACUUCAAAAAAUGGGUAUAGGCCAGGUUUUCAUCAUCCUAAACCUGGCGAUAUCGGCGGUUGUGGAAGCAAAAAGGCUAAAAACAGUUGACAGUGAGGAUCUCAUGUCAGUGUUAUGGUUAUUUCUUCCUCUCGUGAUAAUAGGAAUAGGCGACGCCUUCCAGUUACCGGCCAAUGCUGAAUUUUUCUAUGGAGCAUUCCCCGAUUCUUUGAGGAACACCGCAAUUUCAUUGACCUCAUUGGCGAUUGGAAUCUCGUUUUAUCUUAGCACAGCUCUCAUCGAUCUGAUCCAGAGGACGACCGAGUGGUUACCAAAUGACAUUAACCAUGGAAGAGUUGAUAAUGUUUACUGGGUUUUAGUCAUAGGAGUAGUCUUGAACCUUGGUUAUUUCCUUGUCUGCUCUUGGUUUUACAGUUACAAAACCCUCAAGGAUGAGAGGGCCUAUCUGGAGGUUGCAACUCUCCUUGAAGCUUGA